AGACAUUUUGGCAUUGGAACCGGAACAGACGAGGGCCCAAUGCAAAAAGUGCGGAAACGGCAAAGAGGAGGCAAGGACGGCUCAAUACAGCGCCGCAUAUUGCCCAACCCUUGCGACCGCUUGUACCCUUGUAUCGAGCCAUCAACCACUCCAUCAAUAGCACUCACUACGCUGUACCGCCAGCACAUCAUCAUCAGCAGCAUCAGCAACACUUGCUGUAUUAUCGAUUAGACACUUCUUGUUGUAGGUAUCGUACUAGUAGUUGACAGUUGACCAUGGACCGCCGUGAGGAAUUGCAAGCGCGUAAACAACGGCUGCAAGCAGUAGCUUUGCUACCAGCGAAUCGCGUUUGCUCCGAGUGUCCUGAGCAAGAGCCGACGUGGGCGUCUCUACUGAAGCCGCCUGUAGCCAAUGGCAAGGCGAUUGGCGUACUGUGCUGCUACCGCUGCUACAGUUUCCAUUUCCAACUUGGCAAAACCAUUUGUCAAGUCAAGAACAUCAAAAUGGUAGAAGAAUGGACCAACGAAGAAGUUGAAGCCAUGGAACGGGGAGGAGGCAAUCAAGUCGUAAACGCAAUGUACGAAGCAAAACUACAACCUGCGGACUAUGACAAGUCCGAAGUACUAGAAGACGAGGACGAGGACGACAUGUACCGACAAGAGUUCGUCCAGCACAAGUACGAAGAACUACGAUACUUUGCUAAACACUUGUACGAGACACAGUUGCGGCGGGCGUCCAGCAGUACGAAUGCCCUUCAAGCAUCCGUACACGACGGACCGGUUCCACCUGCCGGAAAGGCAUUGGCACGGCGAUGCAAGAGUUUCGAUGACAACCAACAAGACGUCGUCGCAGCAGAGGCGGAGUUGGAUCGUUCCAAAGAUUUCGUAAAGAAACCGAUGCGACGGCGGAGUCAGUCAUUCAACGAUGAAAGAUGGACCACAGACGAAGAACACGAAAGCACCGAUGACGACCAAAAACUGUCCUAUCAAAUGCCGGGACACCUAGGCGUCGCAGGGAAACGGCAAAAACGCAGAAAGUCCAUGCCGCUAAAAAUUGGUGGAAACAGCAGCAACACCGCUAACGAUAGCGGCAACAGCAGCAAAAACAGAAACCGAUCCUCGGUCAAAGAACGCAGGCAGCGGCGGGCAUCCAUCAAAUCGUCGUUAGAAAGGGAAGCACAGCAGCGUCGGGCAUCACAAACUGGAAACAACAACUCCCCUUCGAACGAAGACCUAGGAUACGGAGACGAACAGCAAAACGACAGACAAAACGAUAUGGAUGCUACCCGACGAAGGUGCAAUCGUCGUAGACGAGACAGCAACAUGUCUCACAAUGAUGGAUCUGGUCGCAGGCGUUCGGGCCGCCGAAAGUCGGCGUCCUCUAUUAUCAUGGGAACCGCCUCGAUAUCUGUGGAUGCUCGCAAAAAUGCUUGCCCUUCGACGGCACCGAGAAUGCCCACUCGCUGUGUCAGUGACGACAGUGGAACGGAUGGGGACGACAAUAACAACAACAAUGACGGAGACUUUACGGACUAUGACGAUACGCCAGUCAAUGACCGGUCGUUAUCGCCUCCAAAGUCGAACACGCCGUCGUCGUCUCGGCGUAUGCGACGCAUGUCAAUGCCCCAUUCCAUGUUCAGCAGUGAUACCGACGACACGGAGGACGAGGAGACCAUGGCUUCCCACUAUAAGAUGCAUAUGCUAAAAACGACACGAUUGAGCGAUCCCACCAUCAAAAAAUUGUCGCCUUUCGGAGUCAACUUGGGGUACGGCUACAACGACUGUCACGACAGCAUCAGCAGCAUCGAAGCAGAACCACAACAACACGCACUCAAGCCCAUGUACAUGAUCCCACGGCGAGGGUCAACAGGUGAUGGAAAGCAACCUGUCAAACUUGCAGCUCUUCCCCAACCUUCGCAGCAGCAGCCUUCAAAACUACUAGACCCACUGCAGGGAGGAAGCGAGCUCUCUUCGGAUGAAAUCAUGUUUGGAGAUGCAGAGCCACGGAAGGAAAAGAGACGAGGCAAAAAGAACCGGCGCCAAAUGAGACGUUGUUCUACUGGAGGUGCUGUCGACAAAUUCUUCUUAGAUGCAGGGCAAGCGGAUGGUCUAAGUCGAUGCCAUGCGGAUGAGGACAGGGAAGCGAAUUUGCGAAACUGGUCUCCGCCAGAGAUUCCCAAGCCCGCUCUCAACAACGCGCUAAAGAAGCAUAGGACUCCUCGACGAUGUUCCGUUGGUGCUGAGUCCGGUCCUAUAGAUAAUAAGGAGCAGCAUCCUUCUACGAACACAAACAUCUCAAAGAACAUGUCGCCUGACCAAUCCACGACCACGAACCCUGCAAAGAACAAAACGCAGCAAGCGUCUAUCGAAACCUCGAACGCUUCAAAGGGCAAGGAACAUCACUCCUCACUCGUGGAUCCAGCCAAGAGCAGGUCCAGGAAAACCUCUAAAAGCAACAAGCAGCCCACCACCGAAGAGCUUGGGUAUGGAGACGACACGGGCAAUAGGGCAGCCCUCCAUGCGGGCCCAUCUGAGGAAGAUCUUGGCUAUGGUGACUUGGAUUACAAAGCAGACGCCUCGUCGAAAAGAAAAUUUGGCGUCGCGUCGUUGAAAGCAAAAGAGUCGCCCUUAGGCUACGAAAGUUGUCGAAAAGACGAACUCCCGAUACCCUUGCAGCACGCGGUUGGCCGUCGCGGAUCGUCAACUGGCCAUCAUGAUGCGGAUGCGUCGCAUGGGCGGGCCAGCCGACGCUUGUCCAGGCAGGGAGGCAGCGAUGAAAGAUCCAGGUCGAUGUCAAGAUCGAGAACACGACGCCCAUCAGCAAGCACUCCGCACGAAUCACUGCGUCGUCCCAGCCUUCGCGACCAUCGCAGCCAGAGCGUUGGUGGAGGGCUGUCCUUUCCUUCGAAUCCAACACGGUCAACACAUGUAUCCUCACGUCGCCCCAGUCUUCGGGAUCACCGAAGUCAGAGUGUUGGCGGGGGUUUGUCCAUUUCAAACCCGCCACGCACUUCUGGCGGCUUCAGCAUGCUUGACUCUGGUCGCACAAUGGUGCGAUCCGACUCUGUCAGCAGCCUUUGUUCGGAAGUGAGCGUCAACGCUGCGCUUCUCUACGCUGGGGGCAGCAAGUAUAACAGUUGUGUAUGCAAGAAACCAGACUUUGUUGGCAGUAAAAGUCCUGUGUCGGUUGCUGUGAUCGCAGCGACAGCGUCCUCCGGGGCAGAUUGUAGCCUGCGUGACCAAGAAAAAGGCCCCGAGAACGACGACAAGGAUUGCCACUGCGAAACUGCAGAUGCUGAGGGUGCGAUUGAAGAAGCUAAGCCUAGUUCAGCCACCAAGCGCCAGUCAAAGAAAGACUACUGGAAAGCGAAGCUAGCAGAAAAGUCCAAGCCCAAGAAGGAUGCUGAGGGCUUGUCAUCUCGCGAAAGACGUCGAAGGGUACCAUCAGUGGGCUUGGCGGCGUGAUCUUGUGCACGUUGCGUUGCAGCUGCAAUUUGACCUGCCUACGCUAACCAUAGGCAAUAGUAGUUUGUCCACGUUCAUUUUUGUAUUGAUGCAUUGAAGCGACGAUUGGCUUCCCUUUGGCUUGUGAUGCUAGUUCAACUAUCUAUUAUAGCCAAAAGACAGGAAGCCCAGGCCAGCGUACGGUGGCAGACUUCAGCAUUGUCGAGAGACAUACUCCGAUUUACAGAGCGCUAUUAUACAUCUAGUAUUGACUUUCGAUCUUGACCACGAACUUGCCACCCCCGCAAUUUGCCCGCACUGGCUGUGGACCCCCCUGGUCAGACGUACAUGUGGUCGUCGAACAACGAGGACGCCAAAGAACCAUUCGUCGUUGAGAAAAAUUCUUCUUCUCGGAUUUCAGCCCCCUCGAUGUCUUCGUCUGGUGGGGUUUCCUCAACAUCCUUGUUUCUGCUACUGGUGUUACUAAGUAACGCCACUUCCUCUUCUAACUCUUCCACCCUGCCAUUCAGCGCUUCAUUCUCGUCACUCAACGUCUUCAUUUCACGUCUCAUUGACUCCUUC